AUGGACACCGUGUCAGGCUCUGCCUCCGCUGGGACUCCCGGCUCCAUAUCUGACGAGAUGGAGGGCCUUGGCGGCGGCGGCGUGCUUUUACCCCACCUGGGCGCCAUAAAGACCGAACAGGGGCUGCCUGUAAGCGGCGCGGACGAGGCGGGCAACCCCAACGUGGCCAUGGGUAUCAAGUUCAUCCUGCCCAACCGCUUCGACAUGAACGUUUGCUCCCGGUUCGUCAAGUCACUCAACGAGGAGGACAGCAAGAACAUCCAAGAUCAGGUCAACUCCGACCUGGAGGUGGCGUCCGUGCUUUUCAAAGCGGAGUGCAACAUUCAGACGUCACCCUCGGCGGGCAUCCAGGUGCGUCACGUUUACACGCCGUCAACCACCAAGCACUUCUCACCCAUCAAGCAGUCCACCACCCUCACCAACAAGCACCGUGGCAACGAGGUCUCCUCCACGCCACUUCUUGUGCACUCUUUAUCCAUCCAUCAAUUGGCAGCUCAAGGGGAGAUGGUCUUCCUGGCCAGCAGGAUAGAACAAGAGACUGUAAUCAACGUCCAAGAUGAAGAAGGCUUUACUCCUCUCAUGUGGGCGGCAGCGCACGGACAGAUUGCCGUGGUGGAGUUUCUGCUCCAGAAUGGCGCCGAUCCCAACUUGUUGGCCAAAGGAAGAGAGAGCGCUCUGUCGCUGGCGUGCAGCAAAGGUUACACGGAUAUUGUCAAGAUGCUCAUCGACUGCGGCGUAGAUGUCAAUGAGUACGACUGGAAUGGCGGCGCACCACUGCUGUACGCCGUCCAUGGCAAUCACAUUCGAUCCGUGGAGCUCCUUCUAGAGAGCGGCGCCGAUCCCACUGUGGAGUCCGACUCCGGUUUCAACGCCAUGGACAUGGCUGUCGCUAUGGGACAUCGGAACGUUCAACAAGUGAUGGAGGCGCACCUGCUGAGAUUGCUGAUGGCCAUCAGAGAGUGA